CUUGCACCUCUCCUUCAUCUGGCUCGUCUCACUCUGCACUGUUUUUUUUUUUAACUUUGUUUUCUCAACCUCACUUAGGAAUUUGUACAAACACUUGGCGGCGUGCAAGUGAUUCAUAUUCGAAUUAGGCUAUAUGUGAUAUACUCAUGUUUCGAACCUUUUCGGUGAUUUCAGCUCUCCCAAUCUCUUCUCUGUUUCCAUAUCUAUAUUUCAUGAUCAAAGACUUUGGUAUUGCAAAACAAGAAGAAGAUAUUGGUUUCUAUGCUGGUUUUGUUGGAUCAUCAUUCAUGAUUGGAAGAGCUUUGACAUCUAUUUUCUGGGGCAAAUUAGCUGAUCGAUAUGGCCGCAAACCUAUUAUUCUUAUUGGGACUUUCUCAGUGAUCAUAUUCAAUACCCUAUUUGGUCUAAGCACAAGUUUCUGGCUUGCAAUUUCCUCUAGAUUUCUUCUCGGCUGCUUCAAUUGUCUACUUGGAGUUAUAAGGGCAUAUGCUUCAGAAGUCGUUAGUGAAGAGUACAACGCUCUUAGUCUUUCUGUU